CCUACUCCUCCUCCCUCUCCUCCGACAGAGACCGGCAAAAGGCAAAGGAGGCGCAACGUGCGUCGCAGUCUGAAGAUACCGGCAGUCGGUCGGUCGGCUCCACCGGAGGAAGACGUCACUUUACGGCUAUUUUUGCAUUGACCAGUAAAGAGGCGGCUGAGAGAGAAACAGCAGAGAAGGCAAGCACGGGCGGAGAGGAUAAUUGCAUUUCUGACUGCCCUGUGGGAACAUGGGAUAUAUGACCUCAUCAUUCACCUGUGAGGCUCUCCAGUAAACAACUCCAAGUAGGAGGAUGACUGAAGCCGCCGUAGAAAGUACCGAUGUCCUCCUAAAUUCCUGUGACGUGACACCGUGUGAUGUCAUCAGCUGCUCCACCCCUCCGCCAUGUCCGUCCCCAAAUCCCCCCAAUGGGACGGAGGUCCAGUGUUACCAUGCCUGUAAAAAGCUUGAGCAACAGAAAAACUGUGACCAGGUGCAACCAAUGAAAAAAGUCAAGGCAAAAGGAAAGUUAGUGCGGAGUAUGGCUGUCUGCGAGGAGUCCUCACCUUUUGAAGAAAAACAGGCAUCUCCAGACACAAACAUUGCAUCUAGCUGCCAUGACAACGAGAUAACUUCCUGUAACGAGGAAGAACAGGAGAACAGCACGGAUCCAAAGAAAAAUUCACUGUCCAAAGAGUCCAGCGUAGAGUACACCGACUCCACCGGCAUAGACCUGCACCGGUUUAUCGUCGACACUCUCAACAGCAACCCCAGAGACCGCAUGAUGCUGCUUAAACUGGAGCAGGACAUGAUGGACUUCAUCACCAGCAAUAGUCCCUUCAAGAAGUUCCCUCACAUGUCGUCCUACCAUCGUAUGAUGGUCCAUCGAGUGGCGGCCUACUUUGGCAUGGAUCACAACGUAGACCAGACGGGCAAGUCUGUCAUCAUCAACAGGACCAGCAGCACCCGCAUACCGGAGCAGCGUUUUCUGGACCAGGUGCAUAAGGACAAGAAAGAAGAGAUCCACCGGUGGAAAAUGAUCCUGAAGAGAGACAACAGCUCAGACGAACAGAGCCGACUUCACCCUUUACGGGAGAAGCAAAGCAAGUCAAUGGAGGAGAGAGAGGAGGAGUACCAACGAGCACGAGACAGAAUCUUCAACCAAGAGCCUGUCUGCUCCCAGGAGAGCGCCCAUGCAGAAACCAGGGCUGUGGAGGAGCACAAUCCAUCUGCUGAGACCCAGAGGAAAAGGCAGCUCUUCAGAGGGAGCCGUGACAGCUCAGGCUCCAGCUGGACAGGGAGCAGCAGGCAAAGUAGCACUGAGACUGACUGUCGCUAUAGCAACGACCCCCGACCUUGGAGCAGCACGGACUCUGAUUCCUCCUACCAAUGGACGGGUCCCGCAGCGAAACCCCGCCAAGCUGUCAACCAUGGCUGGGACGCACGUGGUUCAGGCGCCAUCUCACUUUUCAGACUGCCCCCCACUUGCCCCCUCUCCGCCUCUCCGCCCAUCAUAGAGGAGCCGGCUCCUAACUCCACCUACAUCAUGGUAAACGGGAUCCCGCCGGGAAGCAUACUAGUGAACCCACAUACUGGGCAGCCUUUCCUGAACCCUGACGGCACGCCUGCUGUGUACAACCCUCCUGACAGUCAGCAGCAAAUCAGGAGCCAGACUCAGCUGCAAGGAUCUCUGCCUCAGCACCAACCACAGCAGGUGGUGCAGUACUCAUCUGUCUCUUACACGGCUCCACAGAUGCUGCCUGUCGCUCCAUCACAGCCGUACACGACAAUUGAAGAUCUCUCCUCGCAGUUCGCUCAUGUAAGCUGUCAGUCGGCUGGUGAAGCCCCGCCCAUCUACCCGCCCAGUCAGGGUUACAUCUAUGCAGCUCCUCCUCCUCCCAACCCCCCCAGCUACUGCCAGCCCUCACCCGCAUUGCCUGUGUAUUAUUACGGUCAGUACCCUACCUCAGCUCAGCACCCAUGUAGGCCCGUCUCACCGAGCCAGCACAUCCACAGCCAAGCAGCACAACCACCAGCAGGUUACGCUGUGGGGGUGCAGCAGUCCUCCCACCCCCAGGCCCAGGCAGCGCUGGGCACCUACUCACCGAUGGCCUCUAAUCAGCGUAGCAUAGUUCAGGGAGGUGUUUCGGUGUCCUAUCCCCAAAGUAAAGUUGUGACCGGGGUGGGUGGGGAGGCGGGUUACUGCUGUGUGAUGCCCCCACCCUCCUCCCACCACGGCAGCUGCCACCCUUCCAGCUGCACCAACCUCAGUGCCCAGGCCUGGAGCGCGCAGUACUGACGAUGCCUCGACGGUUAGAGAGAUGAGAUCCAAGUUCCUGCGUGAGCUCACGCGCAUAACAUCACACACACUUUUUACAUAAACACCUUUUUUUUUUUUCACCCCUCCUCAUCUACACCCGCCUUCCUUCUGAUGAUGCCCGAAGGGUAUGCCGUUCACCCUCAUUACAAGCAUGUGUGCACACACACACACACACACACACACAACAUACACCCGCUCACAGACAGAAAUGUACCACUGUACCAAAGCUUAAUAGUAUUUAUCUGCGCUGCUGUAUUGAAUGCAUAAUUUAUAUACACAAAUGGAGUUUUAUAUUGAUAUUAAAUUAUAUAUUGUGUUCCGAGGAAAUGCACUGUGUGAAUAGAAUAAAGUACUGUGUCUGGAUUGACGAUGUCACAUUUUUAUAUAAUCCUGGCUGUUGGUUUCCGAUGAUGUUGAUGAUGCUCAGGCGUGGCGAGAAACACACACCACCAAAGAAGAUUUAAGGAGGACUUUCUGUUUCGCAACAGUAUCACAUGAUAAUCAAAAUGACGUGCACGCUGCUGGAAAGCAGAGACACGGGUUGUUAACCUACCACUCAUUAAUGAGAGAUGAAUGUCAUUAAAUGCCUUAAUGUCGGAAUAACUAACAAGCAAAUGAAAAAUGUUGCAUGAACGUGGUUGAUCAUUAAGGGCCUUCAGUGUCAGCUUCUCUGGAUAUUAUUGGGAGACUAAGAGGCUCACCCGGUGGGAGUUCUCAUGCACUCGAACAAACCAAUAAAAGCACUGAUGGGAUUCUCACCGAGGCUUUAGCACCCCCUCCGCUGGAGGACUCAUAACCUCAUGGCCGGUUACUUAACCACUUGCUGGUUUGCUCGUCAGUAGGCACAGAUGGAGGGAUGCAACUAAAAAUGGUGCAUUCCAGCUUCAUCUGCGGAAUAUUCCUCUAAUAACGGCUUUGCAGAUUUAGCAAGAAAUUACGUUUGAAACUGGUAAGAAUUUGGAAAUGUUUGCAAUAAAAAACUGAAUUGGUUA